UUACAGUGUCCUUUGUGUAUGGAACUAUUAGAAAUUGAUGAUAUUAACUUUUAUCCAUGUACAUGUGGGUAUCAGAUAUGCAGAUUCUGCUGGCACAGGAUAAGAACAGAUGAAAACGGUCUGUGUCCAGCUUGCAGAAAGCAAUAUCCUGAAGAUCCUGCUGAAUUCAAACCUUUAACAGAAGAUAUACUGCUGAAAAUCAAAAGAGAAAGACGACAGAAGGAUGUCCAAAAGAAACAAAAAGCUGCUGAAAAUAGGAAACAUUUGGCAAAUGUCAGAGUUGUACAGAAAAAUUUAGUAUUUGUAGUGGGUUUGUCACAGAGAAUAGCAGAAUCAGAAGUAUUGAAAAAACAUGAAUAUUUUGGAAAAUUUGGGAAAAUUCAUAAAGUAGUUAUUAAUCAAAGUACUUCCUAUGCUGGGUCGCAAGCCUCGGGUCCUAGUGCUAGUGGGUAUGUCACAUAUUAUAAAUCAGAAGAUGCUUUAAAAGCCAUAAUGCAUGUAAAUAAUAUACAUGUUGAUGGGCGAACUUUAAAGGCUUCCUUAGGUACAACAAAAUACUGUAGUCAUUUUUUGAAGGGCACCCAGUGUCUUAAAUCAGAUUGUAUGUAUUUACAUGAGUUGGGUGAAGAAGCUGCUAGUUUUACAAAAGAAGAAAUGCAAAUGGGGAAACAUCAGGAAUAUGAACAGAAGUUAAUUGAGAACUUUUUAAACAGUCAGAAUUCGGCUAAUAAUCAUUUAUCAUCUAAUAAUAAAAUAAAAACUGGAAGGAAAAAAUCCACCUCUCCAAUCAAUGACCAGCCACCAGACAAUCAACAACAAACAAAUAGAACAGAGAGUAAUCAAACUCCACCUCAAUCUAGUGAAAUAACACAUGGUCAACCUAGCCCGGUGUCUGGUAGUAAUACAGAUACCUGGCCGACACUAGCUGGUAAUAACGGUAAAAUAGAGAGGUUAACUAAUGGUAAUCGGCAAUCUACCAAUAGUCCUGAUAUCCGUUCUGAAACUCCUCCUACCAAUAACACCAAUAAAGCUUUUUCAGACAAUAUCCCAGUGUCUAGUGAAACAGAUUGGCAAGCUGCUUUCGGUUUUCAUUCUUCUAAAGAAAAAGAUCUUGAUGAUGACUUAGGGUUUGAUCCAUGUAAUGAGUCUUUCAAAGGUUUAGCUGAUUUAAUUGAAAAAGAAAAUGGCCUCAAUAGACAACAUGCUGUAAAUAUGCAACAGAGACAGUUUGGUUAUGGUCAGAAUCCAAUGACGUCCAUGACUCAGCAGCCAUCAGCUCCACAGACACAACAACAGAGGCCUCAUUUCAAUAAUAUUCCACCAGGUUUCUCUCUUAGCCAUAUACAACAACAUCAACAACAACAGUUAUUAAAACAACCUUAUUAUAGACCUGGUAAGUUCAAAACUAAGAUCAUGUUAGUUUAA